AUGCCGUACAUUGCCAGCGUGGUGCAGUUGUUGAAGACCCGCGAAGCCGGUUUCCAUCGUUGGUUGUUCAUGACGCCCCCGGUUGUGGUCGGAAGGGGAGACGAUGGUGGACGAAGGAAAGCGCGUCAAUCUACUCUGCCCGACCGCUCCAAACAAACCAUGCCUUUCCGACGAGGUGAUGUUAUCGUGUUAGACUGCUCCGAAGAUGAACGUCCACCGAGUCCUUGCGAGGAAAUGUACCGAUCGCCGAGCGCUUGGGCCGUCCCAGUCGACUUAACCAGUUCUCCUUCCGAGCUCUGGCUCAGCCUGCCCUCCAGAUCCGAGCCAUCGACAUCCCAGAGCACUGCAGUGGACGACUUCAACCCAGCAUCUCUCCUCGAUCCCCAAUUCGUCGCGCUUUUCAACCAAUGUGCCAACAACCUCCCUCCCUCUCAGCCUGGUCCCUCUAUCUCCGAUUUGCCAACCCCUCCCUCAAGCUCUCCCACUGACGCGCCAUCAAAUGGCCCAUCCGAUCCGCCUUCUGUCGCUCCCUCAAGCCUGUCUUCGAGCUCUCCGUAUCCUCCGUCGAACUCAUCUUCAGAUGGCCCCGUGACUCCCAACCCUAAUCCUCCAGUAUCAGAACCGUUGAUCCUGGGAGGCUUAUCAACCUUCAACAAAGGAUCGCACAGCAUGGCCGCCUCCACUAUGGCGCGUCGCCUUGAUGUUGUGAGUCCUGGAGCGCCUAGCCCUGACGGCUUUCGAUCCCUUCUCACCUCGUACACAAACAUUGACCCGAAUACGCCUGGUGGUCCCGGGGCCACACCACAAGCGUCGACAAGCAGUGAAGCCGCCUGCGCACCCAAAGGUAAAUCCCCCCUCAGGGAGAAAUCAGUUGGUUCAAGGCGUCCAUCGGAGGCGCCACCGUCCGCCACAGCACAAGCAUGGACGAAAGCCGCGACCUUCAUAAUGCAUAGUAAGCCAGAGGAUGCAGCAGCGAAUAUGUAUUCUUUCAUUCGCACCGAGACUGCAAUGGCCGAACUACGAUCGCAAGCACAAAGUCGUUCCUUGGGCAGAACCCUGGCCGCCCACACCCCAAAGCCUAUGCCGUGGCAAGUUCCAAGCUCCUCAGUGCUCGGUCUUGUGAUGCCGACGCCUGUGGCAUCGUCUCCCAGCCCGAGGGCAGGCGUGCAGAGGGCACCAAGGAAAAGCGGGUCCGGUGGUAACGACAGCCACGUGGAAAUUCUCACUCCUUCUUCCCCAAUGUUGCCUACGCGGGAUCAAAAUCUUACAUCAAGCCCGAGUUCAAUGCUUCCAUCUCAGGCUUCCCACGCCCAAUCAUCUUCUUCCCAGCCACCACGAACCAUGGGCGGUGCAGAUGUGCAAUGUCAAUCUCCAGAUUCCCCCCCCGAACCAAGCUCGUCCACUCGACCUCCCCCAGCACAAUCAGCAGAACAAAGACCUGUGGCUAGUGAUUCUCAGAAAACCUCGACACCCAAGCGUCCUCGACAUACCGAGGACGUUGCAAUCGUUCCGGAUCCAGAACAGCUGACCACUCCAACUGAACGGAUCACUCGCGGUGUGUUCGAAUUCCAAAGCAAUCCGGCAACAAAGGAAGAAUGGGAUCGUGCCGUCAUGGAAUAUGUCAUCCAAUGUCGCGAGGGCAAAUUCACAAUGUACCACACGAAGGGGGUACACGAAUUCCCACCGAAAGACUUGUGGGCACUUCCUGAACUCGUGGUCAACGGGAGCCUGCACAAGUUUCUGGUGACGACCGCCCGCAUACUCCAGACAUGUAUCCUAUCACUUCCAGACUACAUUUUGAGCAACGGGAAGAAAACGAAGUGGGAUUGGAGGGGCCAAAUGCGGCAACAUCUAUGCAAACUUUCCGACGGAUUUUAUCGCGUGGGAGACGGCUCAACGACCUACAGUCAGCUUCACAGGGGCUUACCCCAUGCGUUUUCACUGGCAUUCUCUCUGACAGAACAUGGGGAGGUGUCAGAAGGGGAUCGUGCAGAGAGCGGCCCACCCGGUGCCUCGGACGAGCGCCCGGCGAAGAAGCCAUGGACUGAAACUGAAGGACCUGACGGACAAGAUACGUCGCCCGCUACGCCCAACGAGAUCCAGGCGGGCUCAUCAAAUCCACCCCGACGAGGACGUCCACCGAAGGGGCGCCAGUCGUCUACAGCUGUAAAAUCACGAUCGUCCGGAGCACACACAGGCAACGCUGAGCCUUCGGUCUCCCAGGGUUCUACACAUCAGCAGGCAGAAGCCUCUUCGUCCUCUGGACCCAGUCAAUCAACGGCUACCACACCCGAUUCUCAAUCUCAACCGACUCCUUCAUCUGAUUCCUCUACACGUGUGGCUAGCAGUGGCGGUAUCAUCACUCCUGACUAUUCUGGAUAUGUGUAUGAUCCGAGCAAACCUCCGCCUCCUUUUUCUAGUUCUGCUCUGCCUCCUGAGUGGGAGGGCCUUAACAGCACCGAGGCCCUUGACGCCCUUUUCCCCGGAGGAUUCCAAUGUUCAACAGAUCAUCUCGGAUUUAUCUCAGUGGCGUUUGACACCCCCAUGACUAUGGCGAUGAACAAUCUUCCUGCCCCAGCGGGACUGGGGUCACAGCCGUCUACUCCACAGAGGCCCACCGUAGUUCCCGCGCCUUCUCCUUCCGUUAGCCAUGCGCGCUGGGGUAACGAUCCUUCCAAUGCGGAGCGCAUGGCCGGCUUCCUGGACGACAUAUCGCAUUUUGCGGAGGAAAUAGGCGCAGUGGAUGAGAACGGGAAUCCGAGCUUCGCGUGGGAGGAACCCCCCUUACGCGACGAGUUUGGGUACAGCACUUUCCCCAUAGACACGAACAUCAUCCAGAAGUCAGGCAGUGCAACAGCGAUUCCGAUGACGUCGCCAGUACCUGCACCCGCGAUGCGACCAAAUAUGUACGGAGUGGAUCAAGAGGACCUUAGCGUUGCAGCGCCAACUGCGCAAAGCGAUCGUGCUGCACGAGGAAGCAUCUAUUCCGAAGCGGGGCCGUCUACGAUCCCCGUGAACCGUGUUCCAUCGCCUAUCUCUUGUUCAGACAGUGCGCCCAGGCGUGGAAGCCGCGGGAAAGCUGCGCAGCGGCGCAAGCCCAACUACGAAGGCUUCACGCGCUUGUCAGCAAAGAGGAACAUCGGGGCGCUCGUGACUGCGCAUGCGAACCGGACUAUAGCUGCGGCGGAAGAAAGGCAAGCUCGGUAUUCUCAGGUCGAUGAGCGAACACAGAGAGCGUCAGGCAUGGCGCUGCCUUCGUAUCUCCGGAACAGGUGGUAG